GUCAUUGUGCAAAAGCUGCAGAAUUUAUAAUAUUUGAAAGUGGAGGAAAUAUUUGAUAAAAAGUUGUCUAGCGUACCGGGUAGAUGUAUUUUUGACCGCACGAGAAGUAUGUAUUUCCGGGCAUAACUAGGAAGGAAAUUGGUGGGUUUUCCUGUCACAAGGAUGCAUCAAAAACCUAUUUUCUGUUCUUGAUUUUGUUGUUGCUAGUGUAAGUUAUCAUGGGCGACAAUGUAGAGCAAGGAAAAUGUUUGUAACUGAAAAGAGGUGGGCAGAAGGGGGUGUCGGUUUGUUGGGUUUUGUUGUUGUUGUUUUUUGUGG